GGUGGGCGACCGAGGCCGGGGGGGGGGGGGGGGGGGGGGGGGGGGGGGGGAGCCGGGCGAGUCGGGGGCGGGGCUGCCGAGCGGCGGGCAGGAAGACCGAGAGGCGGCCAUGGGCCCCGCGGCGCGGCUGGCGGCGGUGCUGGCGCUUCUGGCGCUGCGGGCGGGGGAGCCGGCGCGGGCGGCGGCGCGUGGCGACACGUUCUCGGCGCUGACCAGCGUGGCGCGCGCCCUGGCGCCCGAGCGCCGGCUGCUGGGGCUGCUGCGGCGCUACCUGCGCGGGGAGGAGGCGCGGCUCCGGGACCUGACCAGAUUCUAUGACAAGGUGCUUUCUUUGCAUGAGGAUUCGGCCAUCCCUGUGUCUAACCCCCUGCUUGCAUUCACUCUUAUCAAACGCCUACAGUCUGACUGGAGGAAUGUGGUCCACAGCCUGGAGGCCAGUGAGAAUAUCCAAGCUCUGAAGGAUGGCUAUGAGAAGGUAGAGCAAGACUUGCCAGCCUUUGAGGACCUGGAGGGAGCAGCGAGGGCCCUCAUGCGGUUGCAGGAUGUAUACCUGCUCAAUGUGAAGGGACUUGCCCGUGGGGUCUUUCAGAGAGUCACCGGCUCUGUGGUCACUGACCUGUAUAGUCCCAGACGGCUCUUCUCCCUCACAGCGGAUGACUGCUUUCAAGUUGGCAAGGUAGCCUAUGACAUGGGUGAUUACUACCAUGCCAUCCCAUGGCUGGAGGAAGCUGUCAGUCUCUUCCGAGGAUCGUACGGAGAUUGGAACACAGAGGACGAGGCAAGUCUAGAGGAUGCCUUGGAUUAUUUGGCCUUUGCCUAUUUCCAGGCAGGAAAUGUUUCACAUGCUCUCAGCCUCUCCCAAGAGUUUCUCCUCUACAAUCCAGACAAUAGGAGGAUGGCCAGGAAUGUCUUGAAAUAUGAAAAGCUCUUGGCAGAUGGCCCCAACCAUAUGGUAGCUGAGGCUGUCAUCCAGAGGCCCAAUGUGCCCCACCUGCAGACCAGAGACACCUAUGAAGGAUUAUGUCAGACUCUGGGUUCUCAGCCCACUCACUACCAGGUGCCCAGUCUCUACUGUUCCUAUGAGACCAAUUCCAGCCCCUAUCUGCUACUCCAGCCUGUCCGGAAGGAGGUCAUCCACCUGGACCCCUACAUGAUUCUCUUCCAUGACUUUGUCAGUGACUCUGAGGCUCAGAAAAUUAGAGAGCUUGCGGAACCAUGGCUGCAGAGAUCUGUUGUGGCAUCAGGUGAAAAGCAGUUGCCAGUGGAGUACCGUAUCAGUAAAAGUGCCUGGCUGAAGGACACUGCUGACCCAGUGCUGCUGACCCUUGACCGUCGUAUUGCUGCUGUCACAGGCCUUGAUGUCAAGCCUCCCUAUGCAGAGUAUCUUCAAGUGGUGAACUACGGAAUCGGAGGGCACUAUGAACCUCACUUUGACCAUGCUACGUCACCAACCAGUCCACUGUACAGGAUGAAGUCCGGGAACCGAAUUGCAACCUUUAUGAUCUAUCUGAGCUCCGUGGAGGCCGGAGGAGCCACAGCCUUCAUCUACGCCAACCUCAGUGUGCCUGUGGUGAAGAAUGCGGCAUUAUUUUGGUGGAACCUGCACAGGAGCGGUGAAGGGGAUGGUGACACACUUCAUGCUGGCUGUCCGGUCCUGAUAGGAGAUAAGUGGGGGCAUUUACCUUUGGAGACAGAGGAUGUUCCUGCCAAGAUGGAGAAGCCACGCCCCCUUCUCGUACUACUCUGAAGUGGUACUUUGGAAUUGGAGUGGCCAACAAAUGGAUACAUGAGCAUGGACAGGAAUUCCGCAGACCCUGCAGCUCAAGCCCUGAAGACUGAGUGUUGGCAGAGAGAAGUUGCUGACACCCCGUGGUUUUCCAGAGAAGCCAGAUGCCUAAAGCUACACUAGCAGAAGAGGAAGGGGAGAAACCUCGAAGAAGCCCUGGCAAAUACUGCCUGCACUUUGCAAAUGGAAGGCAACGACUUCUGCCUGAGAGCACCUGGGGAUAUUGCCUGGCUUCUCCUCAAGCCAGGAGAGUUAGAGUAGAAUGGGCAAUACUUUAAAGGAGAGGCAACAGGGCCAAGAAAGCGGUUUCUAGAGCUGAGACACUCUUUAGUACAGGCCAUCUCAAGUCUCUGAGGCUUGGUCAGUGAGCCUUUCGACAAUUUGAACCUUGGUCACUGGGGCCCAGAAGGGGCACUUAGCACACUUUCAGGAGGGGCCCAGCCUGACUCCCAUAUGCACCCAUCCCCAAUUUCUGCUGAAAGCAGGGCAUGGAGUGUCUCUAAAUCAGGAGUGUACCUCAUCUGAUGAUCUUUUUUAAAGCAUAAGGCAACGUUUUAAUAUGAUGACUUCUAGUUUACUUGUUAAAAGUGUUUACACAUGGCUUUUCAAAACCUAGAAUAUUCUUACUUUUAAUUAAAACAUUGAGUGAAA